AUUUAAUCAACAUAGUUAUAAUCAUUUAUGUCAGUGAAAAUUGAUGAAACUCUCACUGUCGAAUGUGAGACAGGUAAUUAUCAUACUUUUUGUCCAAUUAGCUGUGUAUCUUGGUUAUAUCAAAAGAUUGAAGAUAGUUUCUUUUUAGUUGUGGGUACAAAGACAUGCGGUUAUUUUCUGCAAAAUGCACUUGGAGUAAUGAUUUUUGCAGAACCUCGCUAUGCAAUGGCAGAAUUGGAAGAAGGAGAUAUCUCGGCUCAAUUGAAUGAUUAUGAAGGAUUAAAAAAACUUUGUAUUCGAAUAAAAAAAGAUAGAGACCCCAGCGUGAUCAUAUGGAUAGGUACUUGUACUACAGAGAUAAUCAAAAUGGAUUUGGAAGGUAUGGCACCCAAGCUAGAAUGGGAAAUUGGAAUCCCAAUUCUAGUGGCAAGAGCGAAUGGACUCGAUUAUGCUUUUACUCAAGGAGAAGAUACUGUGUUAGCUGCGAUGGCACAUCGUUGUCCAGAACCGGAAUUCUCUGUUCGUGAACGAAAAGAAACUAUACAAAAUUUUUUCAUUUCUCAUUCUAGAAAAAAAGAGGAAUUGGUUGAAUAUGCAAAUCACCCCUCCUUAGUUCUUUUUGGAUCUUUGCCGUCCAAUGUGGCUUCUCAACUAAAUCUAGAAUUAAAACGUCAAUCCAUCAAGGUAUCAGGUUGGUUACCUGCUCAAAAAUACACCGAUCUUCCAUCAUUGGGUGAUGGAGUUUAUGUUUGUGGUGUUAACCCAUUUUUGAGCCGGACAGCUACAACUUUGAUAAGAUGCAAAAAAUGUCAAUUAAUUGAAGCUCCUUUUCCUAUCGGUCCAGACGGAACGCGUGCUUGGAUUGAAAAGAUUUGUCCUAUAUUUGGUAUUGAACCCCAAGGUUUGGAGGAAAGGGAGGAACGGAUAUGGGAAAGUUUAAAGGAUUAUCUUGAUUUGGUACGUGAUAAGUCUGUCUUUUUCAUGGGAGAUAAUCUGCUAGAAGUAUCUCUAGCAAGAUUCUUAAUAAGAUGUGGAAUGAUUGUUCAUGAAAUUGGCAUUCCAUAUAUGGAUAAACGAUAUCAAGCUGCUGAAUUAUCACUUUUACAAGAUACAUGUAUGAAAAUGCGCGUACCAAUACCACGAAUUGUGGAGAAACCAGAUAAUUCGAAUCAAAUACGACGUAUACGCGAAUUACAACCCGAUUUAGCUAUCACGGGAAUGGCUCAUGCUAACCCGCUAGAAGCAAGAGGAAUUAGUACUAAAUGGUCAGUUGAAUUUACUUUUGCUCAGAUUCAUGGGUUUGCCAAUGCAAGAGAUGUACUUGAAUUGGUUACCCGACCUCUACGGCGUCAGAAAAAUUUAGAAGACUUGGGUCCAACCACUUUGGUCAGAAAAUAAUAAGUUGAAAUUCCAGUAAUUGAAAAUAUCAACAUAUAGAUAAUUUUGUGAAAUAAAGAUCCAAAUUGAUUCAAAUUCAUAUUAUUUUGAAUGUUAUUUGUGGAUGUGAGCCACAGCUAAUAUUGAUUUAUUUUUACGGGAGAUCCCAAAAAUGAUUUCUAUAAUCAUUUCAAAUCUCCCCAUGCUUAUAUGAGAGAUAUAAGGGUCAUUUCUCUCAUUUCUAAUGUGUGUUACACCACCGAUGAACACGAAAACAUUAUUUAUUUUAUUUAUUAGAUGG